AUGAAGAGUACUCUCAACUUUCUUUCACUUUCUCCCAUUUUCUCGUCCUCAUCAAAACACUCUUUUGCUAAUCCAAACUUCCAAACCAUGUCUAUAUUAUCACCAUGCAAACCCUUCCAGAAUCCGAAAACAUCCACCACUAUCUCAUUUCUUACCUUUCUUCCCCCGCCACCUAUUUCUAUCUACAAGAACUAUGUUUCUGUCAAACUAAACCAAGAAAACUUCUUGACACGACGUCAAUUCAUGGAACCUGUAAUCAAAGGUCACAAACUUGAUAGGUUUUUGGAUGCUGAUGUUGUUAACGGUGACAAUGCAGACUCCAUUAACGAUGAUUUUGACGAACUCCUUUCUUGUCUUUUCUCCACUCUGACCAUAUCCAUUCUCACACAAUUUCAAUUUCGCAAAGGCUAG